AUGGAGUUUGCGCUUGACAAGGCUUUGAAGGAGAUGUCUUUGGAUGAAGAGGAACCGAUUGUGUUGAGAAACUUACCACAGUUUAGUUCGUGUGAACGGAAUGAACAAAGUAUCAUCGGCCGUCUUCUGUGCCCGGAAAACCAGAAGAUGUCGAGUUUGAUUCAUGAGAUGCCUCGGAUUUGGCGAGUGUAUAACAGGGCAAGGGGUAUUGCACUUCCGAAUGAUAGGUUCCAGUUCAUCUUUGAUUCGGAGAGAGAGAUGCUCACAAUUCUGGAAGCUGGAGCUUGGACGUUUAAUGAUUGGAGCAUGACUUUGGAGAGAUGGGUGGAAAAGCCACCAGCAGAUUAA